AUGGCAGAUGAGAAGCAGAAAAUUCUGCUUAUUCCGACCUUCCAUGGAGCAGUCAAGUCUGACUAUCCGUAUCGAGGUGUUAGGAGAAUCGAUCUGAUAUCGUCUUGCCCGCCACUCGGCCUGACCCUGUGGGAAAAUUUAUCCUUGCCACACCCUGCCCUUUUCGAAACGGUCAUCACUAAUACUUGCCGAUCUACGAUCUGCUACGUGGACCAAUCACAACUGGACAACGCAUCGAUCCCCUUUUCCGAUCCGAGACAAAAGGGCUCGAGGCACGAUCGAUACGAAGGUCAAGAUCAAUUGUACUUCAACCGUGCGCGAGUACAAACCGUCGAGCAAGGCCACCGUCAGCCAAGCCUAGUGCGUUUAGAAAAGUGCGUAGUUAGAAAAUCUCGAUCGACCCAAAGUUGUAAAGAUCCUCCGAUCGACCACCAAGUGAUCAGGUGUCCCAAUAGGCGCCCACGGGCGUUGCAUGAGCCUGUUUGUUGGCCAUUUAACCAUCUACCAGCACACUUGAUCGUGUACAAUUGUACAAAACACGAGGCAGUAGUAGACUGCGGAAGAGAAAACCUUCAGGGAGAAGGUUUUUCUCUUUGGUUUCUUCUCAGCAAACCACGCGGCGAUCUUCGCCGGCCCGAACUCCGGACAGCAUCUACCGGAGCGCGCGAUCAUCCGUAGCGUCGGACAGCACC